UCUGUAUAUGUACAUUUGUAGGAACUUGAGCGGGGCGAGAGUAAUCAGGAAGUGUUUUAUGCCAGGAAACAUUUUGUGAGUGCACCGGAAAUACAGAGUUUAUGACUGAAGAUGGGGAGACCUCAUGCAUUUCCUUUCUUCCUCUGGUUUUUCUCCUUCAUUUUCUGUACCCAGGGGGAAACUCUGACCGGAUUUCAUCUCCUUGAUAAUAAGCUCGAGACCAGGUUUGCUCCUGAACAAGGAUUGCUUACAACAACAACAACUGUUGCAGUACCAAAACAGCUGAGCUUCUGUAUCUGGAUCUAUGCUGAGUUUAACAGAUUUGGAGAUCAGAUUCCAGUAAUAGAAUUCUUCAGGCUGAAUGAAACUGGGCCACCCUUUAUAGCCCUCAUGUAUCGGAAGGAUGAAACUACAAAUCCUAAGAUUACUAUAGAUGGAGUUUCUUCCUGGAAUUUUAAGAAUGAUGUUGUGAUGGAAAGGAAAUGGAGCCAUCUAUGUGUCGGUAUUGAUAUAGAGGAAAAUACCCUGAUGAUGUAUCAAAAUGGAGUGUCAGAUUUUCAUCCCAUCAGCUUUUCAGCACCACUAAAGAACAGACUCUCUAAUAACACUGAGCUUCCAAUGGUAGUUCGUCUAGGACAUUACUAUUUUGACUCAAAACCUUUGAUUGGGAAGAUUGCUGGAGUAAAUGUUUGGGAUAUCAAGUUGAGUGAUGAAGAGCUAAAAGAGUACUCAAAUUGUAAUUCUGUGGUCCAACUUAAUGGAAAUAUAGUAAACCAAUCAACAGUGUGGAAUAUUACAGGACGCUUUAUAGAAAGGAGAGAGUUUAGCAAGUCUGAAAUUGAAUGUUCAGAUCAAAACAAACAUAAAACUGUAUUUGUUACAUCACUUUUCAAAAAUUUUGAGGAUGCAAAUGAAGCUUGCGAUAAAUACAAGCUGAACAGUAUGGCAGCUGAGUUUAAGAGUCUUGAAGAGUUCCGAAAAUACCAAGAUGAAGGAACUAGUAAUCCUGCUGUACUAUCUGAAUGCUGGACCGGGGGAAGAUUACUUCAUUGGUUACCUUAUUCAGCAGAUGCUAAAAACAAGUCACUGACACAAGAAGAUUUCAGUCAUGUCCAUAGCAAGGAACCGUUAGCUGUAAUGGCAUGGCGACCUAAUCAACCCAAUGGGAAGAAUCUGCAAUGUGUUAAGGCAUAUUUAAGUUUGCAGUAUGAUGUGAGCUGGUAUGAUUUUCCCUGUUUUAAUCAAAAUUUACAGUGGGCAUCCUGCACUGCUUGCAAAAUACCUCAGACUUUUGAAUCCUCUAUUGCAAUUACUUUGAAGGGACUUUGUGAGUAUACAAAGUUUGACACAAGUUAUCAGGUCACAAAUGAUCCAAAAACAGGGUAUAUAUCUUAUAUUGGAAAAAAAUCCACUGUUAUCAAAUAUGAUUCUCAGCAACGGUUGUGGAUCAUGUCAAAUGUCAACAAUCCUGACGUAAGAGCAACAUCAUCUGCGCUUCUUAAAACUUAUGUAAUGGGAACUCAGAACUGGACUAUCAAAAAUGAUAUUGAUUGUGAAGAACAAGAGUCUACAUUGUUAACUUUAUCAACAUGUAAAGAUGAUGAAUUUGCUUGCUCCAAUGGACUCUGCAUAGAUAUUGUGAAGCGUUGUGACAGUAAAACAGAUUGCAGAGACAAAAGCGAUGAGUUUGGCUGUCGUCGCAUACAGCCAGAUGAAUCCUAUCAAAAAUUCAUAGCACCGCCAUUAUAUAAGCAUCAAAAUGUAUCCAAGAUUAUAAUUGAAGUCUCUGCAGACAUAAUGGACAUUUUAGAUAUUGAUGAAAAAGCCUCAAUUUUUCAGGUACAGUUUUAUCUUCAUUUCUCCUGGUAUGACGGACGACUUACAUUCUUUGAUCUGAGAAAUGAUUCUGGACUGAAUAAUUUGUCUCCUUUGGAAAAAAACCUUCUUUGGAUUCCAGAACUUGUAUUUGACAAUACUGAGAACAAAGCUAAAACCUUGAUAGAUGAUGAAGCCACUAUUACAAUUGAAAAACAAGGUGACUUCUACCUUUCUGGUCUAGAAGAAUAUACCAACAGAGAGUACUACAGGGGAUCAGAGAAUAAAAUUACACUUUCUAGAUUCUAUAAUACAAGGUUUUUGUGUCAGUACAACUUACAGUGGUACCCUUUUGAUAUACAGAAUUGUCAACUUCGACUGACAAUGUUUGGAAAAUCAGGAGAUUUUGCAACUUUAGAAGCACAGGUUCUGAACUUCUUUGGGAAAAGAUUCUCUAAAGAGUUUGUAGUGGAGAGCUAUUUCAUGAGAAUCUCUGAGACAAGAGGAGAAACAGAACUUGAGAUGAAUGUGAUACUGGGUAGGAAUUUAAUUCCUAUUGCCUUGAACACAUACCUUCCAUCUACAUUACUGGUCAUUAUCAGCUAUGUAACAGUCUUCUUUAAACCAUUCUUCUUUGAGGCUGUUGUCACUGUGAAUCUAACUACUUUACUGGUACUGGUUACUCUGUUUGUCAGUGUAAGUAAUAGCCUCCCACCAACAUCCUACAUUAAGAUGAUUGAUGUAUAUCUGAUUUUCUCUCUGUUAAUUCCAUUUGCUGAAGUACUACUAAUUACAGUGAUGGACUAUCUAAGAAUGAAAGUUGAAAAGGAAGCUAACACUGACAGCCUUGAUGAUACUGAGGCUGGAAGGAAGGUAAAUCAUCAUGGAAAGAUGAUAACUGUCUGUGAAUGUCCAAGUCCAACACAAGAAAAAGUAAGCAAACGUAACCAGCAGCCCUCAGUUGAGGAAGUUCUGAAGAAAGACAAGAAAAUCCGCCCCUUGGAUCUGAUCCAUAGGAAUGAAGAGGUUGAAGUGGAUGCCAGACAGGCACUGUACUCCCAUGCCAGGAAGACAGGAAGGAUCCUCCAGUGGUUCAAAAGGUUCGCGGUCUUUGGUAUUCCCAUCAUAGUGAUCAUGUUCACAGUGCCAUACUUUUUUAUUGGAGUGAAUCAUAUCCUGAGAGCGAGGAAGGAAGUGGAACUUGAAGAGUAGACAAGCAAAGAUCCUAAAGCAUAAAAAGAAAUGAAUAAAAAUUUAUAUGUCUAUUUAUCCAAUAAUUAUUCAAAUAUCCCAUCAAUGAUAUGAAGCAUAAAGAGAAAUGAAUAAUAUGUGUAUAGAUGUCUAUUUAUCCAAUAAUUAUUCAAAUAUCCCAUCAAUGAUAUGAAGCAUAAAGAGAAAUGAAUAAUAUAUGUUUAGAUGUCUAUUUAUCCAAUAAUUAUUCAAAUAUCCC